AUGGAGCUCAGUGAGUCCCAUUCAGAGAGAACAUUUGAGGUGUACAGACACUCAAUUCACUCGCUCCCCGGUGUGCUUCAGAACUUCAUCGAACCAGACAACAAUGAAGGCCCGUUCCACACAAGCAGUGCCCAAGAAGAGGUGUCGUCGUGCUCGAUCCAGAACUCUUCACCAGACUUUGCAUGGGUGCUGGUUUGCUUGUUGCAGUUCUGCGAGAUGUCUGUAGACAUGCGUCCUUUCCUGCCUGCUCUGCUUUUUAUGGUGGCUCACGUGAUCCUCCACAGCCAUGCUCAAGAGGCUGGUGUGUCUGAAGCGUGGACCAGCAGGUCGUGCAAAUGUGACUGUGACGAAGGUGUGGCGCCAACAGAGUUCUCCUCCAUUAGUGCUUCCUCAGUUAGAGGUGUGGACUGCAUGCCAGAGUGUCCGUACCACAAACCUCUGGGCUUCGAGGCAGGAUCAGUGAGUCCAGACCAGAUCACCUGCUCCAACGAGGACCAAUACAGCGGAUGGUUUGCCUCUUGGUUGCCUAGCAAGGCUCGGCUCAACAGUCAAGGUUUUGGGUGUGCUUGGCUGUCCAAGUUCCAAGACAACAGUCAAUGGCUGCAGAUUGACCUGAGGGAGGUCACAGUGGUCUCCGGGAUUCUCACUCAAGGCCGUUGCGACGCCGACGAGUGGGUUACCAAGUACAGCGUGCAGUACCGCACUGAUGACAAACUCAACUGGAUCUAUUACAAAGACCAAACUGGAAACAAUAGGGUGUUUUACGGAAACUCUGAUCGCUCAUCGUCUGUGCAGAACCUCCUGCGGCCGCCCAUCGUAGCGCGCUACAUCCGCAUCCUUCCCUUGGGUUGGCACACACGCAUUGCUCUGCGUCUGGAGCUGCUGCUCUGCAUGAACAAAUGUGCCUGA